UACACAUCGCCCUGAUCAUGGCGAGCCGAUGUUGUCGCCGGUGUUGUCCCUCCACUAUUUGCGGGGUUGAUGUAUCAGAUCUUUUCGCUUACAGCACAACCAAAUACAUCAAGAUCCGGGAUGCACGACUAGGCUUGCUUCACUAUGGAUUGAUGUUCCUGAUCGUCGUGUACAUUUUGGUGUACCAGCUGAUUGGGAAACUAGGCUACUUGAAGUUCAAUGACGCGCAAAACACCGUGCGUUUGACGCUGCAAGAACCGACUCAGAACUGCAACCCCAACGAUGCAGAUUGCAAGGACAGCUUUAGCAGUUUGAGCAGCUUGCCAUAUUGCUGCGCGCAAAACUCCAGCUGCAGUUUUAAUGCCGACGGUUCCUGUUCGUGCGACUACAGGACAAGCUUCAAGGACUACAACUGCACUUGGCUCAGUGGCAGCGACGCCUCUGUGACUCGUGAGAGUUCCAUUGUCGUCGCUACAUUUGUCCAUGAAUACACCCAGCUUCUGAACAGUACAUGCUUUUCGUCUUACCCUUCGGCUGCGAAUGCCUGCGAUCAUUUGUGGGUAGCAGAUGGCGAGGCAUCUGUGUUUGCAGCCGACGUGGAAUCUUUCACUCUGCUGAUUGAUCAUUCGGUAACAUCUCCAAAGUCUGGAUUGGCAACUACUUCGCGGCAAAUGCAGGGCAUGCUCUUCGUUGGGGACAACGGCAAUGACGAUUCCUCUGCCAAAGCGAUCAAGGAUGCACUUUGUCAAAGCAGCGGCAAUGCAGUCACUGCACCAGAAGGAGGAAGCAGCACAAACAAGUCGCCCUGCUACAUACCACCAAGCACGGCAGUUGGUUUGGAUUACUUCAGCAUUGGAACUUUGCUGCAGGCCACAGGAGUGACCUUGGAGGGCGAGAGCUAUCCAGGCAGUGGUCACUCAGCGAGGUAUGAGGGCCUCACAAUCAAUCUCCUGAUCGACUACAGCAACUCGAAAGAUUGGCAUGGUUUGCAGACAAACAUCAGCUAUCUCUACAAGCCCUCUGUGGUGCCUCAGAGCACAUUCAAGACCACCUCGCUGUCACCAAUGUCGCUGAAUGGCAGCAAGAGGUUGAAGAAAGAUAUUCACGGCGUUUUGUUUGAAGUGCGGCCAUCUGGACAGCUGGCAGUGUUUGACUUUACACAGCUUUUGCUUCAGCUGACUACGAGCUUAACUCUGCUUGCGCUGAGCACUGUCGGUGUGAACAUCCUUGCGCAGUAUGUAUUGAGAUAUCGUCACUAUUAUUCUGAAGCUCUUUAUGAUCGAACGGCAGAUUUUGACAACAUCUCAUUUCUGGAAGCUCAACCCGAUGAAGCGCUUCGGAAGGAGCUACGGGACAGAAAUUUGCCAACUACUGGGACGAGAGAGCGGAUGAUUUUGCGCCUCAUGGAGUAUGGAUACAGGCCUGGCAGCAGCCGUUCCACCUCAAGAGCCAGCAUGGAGCCCUACAUGGAGCCUGCCAUGGCUUCCGCGCGACAACCCUUCGUCCCUUCGGCGCCUGCAGGGCCCUGAGGUGGAUCGGAGAGGCAGUGGCACGUGGUGCCACUGUGAUGCCCGAUGAGAAACGGAUGUAACAUCAAUGUACUCACAUUAAGUUGGGGGAAGUCUGC